GGAAGAGAGCCGCAGUGGCAGGGUCAGUUACGGAGAGAGCAGACGACGAGACGCAUCGAGAAGCGCACAAAAUCCACCGUCCAUGGAGAUCGGAGGCGGCGAAGAAGAUCGCGCCAUCGGAACGAGAGAUCCGUGAGCCGGAGCUCCGGGGGAAAAAAAAAAUGGCGAGGAGCAGAGGGAGGAGGUUCAGGUUCCACCGGCGAAGGCUCUGCGCCGCCGCCGCGUACGCCGCUGUCCUCCUCGUCGCCGUCUCCUCCCUCGCGCUGAUCUACCUGUCGCGGAAGGGCUUCGAGGACCGCCGGGAGCGCGUCGAGCCCGGGGAACGUCGGCCUGAGCUGAUUCCAGACCGAGAACUUUGGGAUGCUCCUUUCAGUUUCGGUUUACACACCUGCGUCAAGCCCACUGCUAGAUACAACGGUGCACGAGGAUCAGAUCGAUAUAUAACUGUGAGGAGCAAUGGAGGAUUAAAUCAGAUGCGGACUGGUAUUGCAGAUAUGGUGGCUGUGGCGCGCAUAAUGAAUGCCACUUUAGUUAUUCCUCAACUGGAUAGACGAUCAUUCUGGAAAGACACGAGUACCUUUUCAGAUAUAUUUGAUGAGAUUCAUUUUAUAGAAGCCUUGAAAGGAGAUAUAAGAGUUGCCAGGGAGCUCCCAAAGGAGCUGGAAUCAGUUCCUCACGCUCGGAAGCACUUUACUUCUUGGGCUAGCGUGGGUUACUAUGAAGAGAUGACUCGGUUAUGGAAUGAGUAUCAGGUAAUUCAUGUUGCAAAAUCAGAUUCUCGACUAGCAAACAGUGAUCUGCCUCUUGAUAUCCUGAGAUUGAGGUGCCGUGCAAUGUAUAAUGCACUUCGUUUCUCUCCCCCAAUUGACAUCCUGGCAAAGAAGCUGAUAGAGCGGCUAAGGAGUCGUGAGGGACGAUACAUUGCUCUUCAUCUUAGAUAUGAGAAAGACAUGCUGUCAUUUACGGGUUGUACUUACGGCCUGACUGAAGCAGAAUCAAAAGAGCUCACAAUAAUGAGGGAGAACACUAGUCAUUGGAAGGUGAAAAAGAUUAAUUCCACAGAACAGAGAUUAGGAGGGAAUUGCCCUUUGACACCCAAAGAGGUGGGGAUUUUCCUCCAAGCUCUUGGUUAUGCUCCAUCGACAUUAAUCUAUAUUGCUGCUGGAGAAAUUUAUGGUGGUAAUGCUCGCUUAUCCAUGCUCUCAUCGCGCUUCCCUAAUCUUGUUUUCAAGGAAACUCUUGCCACGAAGGAAGAAUUGGAAGGGUUCAGUAACCACGCAUCUCAGACUGCGGCCAUUGACUACAUUAUCUCUGUGGAGAGUGAUGUGUUUGUUUCUUCCUAUUCUGGUAACAUGGCAAGAGCUGUUGAAGGGCAUCGAAGGUUCUUAGGCCACCGCAGGACAAUCACACCAGACAGGAAAGGAGUGGUUGAAGUUUUUGAUAGACUGGAAUCAGGAGACCUGAGAGAAGGUUCCUCACUAUCAGAACUUGUGCGGCAGAUGCAUGAUAACAGACAAGGUGCUCCCAGGAAAAGAAGAGGCCCACUACCAGGACUUAAAGGCAAAGCACGUUCCCGCACUGAGGAAUCCUUUUAUGAAAAUCCGUAUCCCGAGUGCAUAUGUGGUCCAAAGAGGCAUUUUAAAACAAUGUAAUGGUGAAAGGUUCUCAGCAUGGAAGCAAAAGAAUGGCACCACGCGGGCCAAAACUCAAGCAAAAGCUUUAAUGCCUUUGAUGGGGUUACCAGCUUUGCUCUUGUACCCUAAGGUGGGAAAAACGACACCGUCCAGUGUUUCUGAUCUUGUUCAUUGCCCAAUUGUUCUUUCCCUGAAAAAAGGUAAGAAAGAUUCUUUUUCUCUUUGACAUUUUUGUCUAUCGGUUACGAUGUCACAAUCUGUUGCCAACUCUUGCGGUAGGCUUGUCCAGUUGUAGAACAGCGACAGCUGAAGGUUCACUUGAUUUAGCUAGAGGAGAAUCUCGGAUUUUUAGCCCCAGAUCUUGCUCUGCGUUUUUGUUCUUGUCUAGGAUUUGUACAUCCUUCUUUAAGGAUGUUCCGGAUGAAAUAGAAGCUUGUACAUUACUGGAAUUGGGUCUCUUCCGUGUCGAAUAUAUUCUUUUCACCA